UCAGUUUUAUCUGAUUUCGGCCAAUAUCGUUUAAGAGGAUAAUCUGCUUGAAUCAGUAACAUAUUAUUCGUUCUGAUUUGAAAUAGAAGAGCAGCAGCAUUGCCAAGUUUCAUGCACUAUAUAAAAUGCAUUUUAAAGGGUAAACAAACCCAUAAAAUAAUGUUCACCUGAUGUCUAGUAACAACUAAAGGGAAUUUAUCUUUCUCUUAUUUUACCCACACAAAAAUACUUGUAAAGUUGACAUCCUGCAGCGUAACAUGCUCUAUUUAAAACAGUAUCUUAAUUAUGUCAUGAUUAUUCCUACAGUAAUUCUAGAAUUGCUAUAAUUCCUAUUUGCUGUGAGGCGACUGAUUAUAUAUACACAUACCAUUCGUACAGUUUAGCCUACAGCCAUCUGAAUCUAUUCUAAAUCUAGAAAUAGUGUUAGAUUUAUUUCUGAUCACAAUUUUCUUUUCAAAUGUUUCCUCCUCAAAAGUAGGGUAGAGUCGGGGAAAACGCUCUCCGGCUUCGAGUAUGAGUAAAACACACUGCACGAUAAUGUUAUUUAGCGCUCCAUUAUGUUCACCUCGCCUACUUUUGGAUACUAAUAAAACGUCAGGUCAUGCAUAGACUGUCUCUUUUAAUUUAAAUCGAGAUUCACACUGGCUCUUGAAAAGCUCACACUUACCCGAAACCAAGUGCGGGACACGAAUUUAGGUUUUAUAAAGUUUUAUUAAAAGUCACCCGCGUGUUCUACGCACAGUCCUGUAGCCUACUAAAGAACAAACUGCUAAUUAAAUAAACGAAAUCCUAAAUGUUGGCUAUAAUUUUUCUAAACUGUUCAGUUUGCCUAGCUUCAACAAAAAACAAACAAACAAAACUCGCGUGGAUAUUUAAACCUACAUUAACACCCCACCCCAAAAGUGAAGUGCGAAAUUUGAGUACUGGGCGGCACUGCCGCGUCAGCUGUCCGGCCCCCAUCGCCACGCCGACAGAUGUGCAAGAUGGCCCAGCGGUUUACAUUUUACUUUUGUUUGAUUUUGUCUCUGCAAACCCUCAAUCCCUUUAUCGUAGUGAUUCGGGCAAUUGAAUCAAAUCAAGAUAUUAAAAUUGAGGUUACGUUUCUGCCAGAAAACUGCAGCCAGAAAGCCAAGAGAGGAGACAUGCUGAAUGCUCAUUACGAUGGAUAUCUAGCUAAAGAUGGAUCUCAGUUCUAUUGCAGUCGUUCGACAAAAACGGGUCACCCACACUGGUUUGUGUUAGGCGUUGGAGAUGUUAUUAAGGGCCUCGAUUUAGGGCUGGACGGCAUGUGUCCCGGUGAGAAGAGAAAAGUAACAGUUCCUCCAUCCCUGGCAUACGGCGAGAAAGGAAAAGGUCCUGUACCACCAAAUUCAACAGUGAUCUUUGAGGUGGAGCUGUUGCACAUAACCAGAGGACCACGCAGCAUAGAAGCCUUCAAACAAAUUGACGUUGACAAUGACAAGGCCUUGACAAAAGAAGAGAUUAAGGAGUACUUGAAAAUGGAAGCAAAGAAGUUAAAUACACAGAAAGAUGAAUCCUAUUUUGAUGAUGUUGUGGCAGAUGUGUUCCAUAAGAAUGAUCACAAUGCUGAUGGGACCUUAUCACUAAAGGAGUACAAUGUUUAUGGCCAUGAUGAACUAUAAACACUACUAGAAAGACAUUUUUAUGCAGCAGGUGCACUGGAUAUUGUCUACAAGACUUCAAAUUGUAGAGUUGAUCAAGGAUUUCGCUUUGAUGAACACCACUAAAUUUUGAAUAAAGUUGACUUAAAUACUAACUUGUACUAAUGCAAAAAACCUAAUAGGGCAUAAAAAAAAUGCUUUUUCAAAACUGUUCAGACCUUUUUUCAAAAUGCUGGCACCUGCUUAAAUAUAUCUUAAUGUUCUUCACGCUAAGAAAAAAAUAUUCUUUAAAGAACUGUUCAAAUAUAGGUUCUUUGGGGGACCAAAAAUGGGUUUUCUAUGGGAUCGCUGCAAAAAUCUACUUUAUUUUGAACAGUGUAAACAACCUAGUUUUUUUUAACACAGCACAUAGUGAUAAACUUUACACACAUUUGCAAUUAUUUAUAGACCCAAUAUAAUCCAUAUCGGUCAACCACUAUUUACAACCAGACAAUUCAGGCAUUUGAACUUAAGGAUUGCAUUUACAGCUCUGUUUAAAUCAUUAUCUUAUUAAAUGCUGUCUUUACAUUGUAUAAUGUUGAAAAAUACCACUUAAUUACUUGAACAGCAUUUUCUAAACAAAAUGCAUUUGCCAUGUGUUUGCCUAAGUAAAUAUAUAGUCACCCGUUGUGAAAUAAUAAAGAAGGUUCCAUGACACAUGGUUCGCAUGUUUCCAUAAGGGGGGAAAAAAAGGCACAUUUCAUUGACCAUUUUAAAACUGGAAAUUAGUUUAACCAUAGUCAUUCAAAUCUUGCUAUACCCAUUAAGAACACCAGGUGGCUCUCUGAUACAACUGUUUAAAGUGGUUGAAUGCACUUUUCUUGAAACUACUUAAAAAAAUUUGAUGAAAUUUAGUUUAAUACAGAUAAAAAUAUCAUAAUAAUGAAAAACAAGUGGCCUGAUUUUUUGAUUGGUGAAUUUGUAAUAGAAAUAAGGAACAAUCUAUUUGGUGGGGAGAAUUACAGUGUUUUAUGAUUUAUAGACAAACAUUAUAUGCUAAGAACAUGUACAGUAAGCAUGCAUUUGAACCAUUACACAUGCAUUUCCCAAACAACCAGAGGUAAAAUAUAUAUAUAUAUAUAUAUAUAUAUAUAUAUAUAUAUUAAAUGAGGCUCUAUCAUGCAGAGAGCUGACAUUUUUGAGCACAGACACAAAACUUGGUUUUCGUGUAAAACUCUGACUCCCUCAACUCCCCCGCAUGCCAAAAGUGACGUAAACCAUGUCCGUGCCAAUAUUCAGAGCAGAUCCAGACAGUGGAGGGAGAGGAGUUAGAAGAAGAGGUUGAAAUGACUGUUUUACUUUCAAUGUAAAUUGUACAAUUUCAGACAAGUCAUAGCGGUUUUACCAAAGCUUUAAAACAAAUCACCACUGGAGCAUGCAUUGAAUUUGAGCUAAAAUCUGAAGACGGAAAAAAGAACAACUCAUCCUUUCCUGAAACAGCAGUUUCAACACUGGCAUUCUAGUAUUCUUUAUGCCUUUGACUGUUAAAGUAGGGCUUUGACAGACAGAUGUCUUAUGUGACGUAAGUACUAGCUAGGCUUAGGAUGGGAUGGAUGUCCAGUGGUUUUGCCUUUAGGCCUUGGUGAUUACAGGACUACCAGAAAGAGUGCUGUUUACAGACCACUAGGUACAGUUCUCACCAAAACAAUCAUUUGUGUUACACUGUUCUUCACCCAUGUCAAGUUCCCAUCAUUUUGUUAGCUGAUGUUUGAUUGCUGCAAGAGUUUAUAUCAUCGCUAUACAUUUAAUUGUGUGUAUAUGUGUAGAAUGUAUUGCCUGACUUCUGACAUAAAUUAUCCCACAA